AUGCCUACAACCACCGCAGAAACACUCUCGCUUGUCACGAGAAACGUCUCCGUCGCUCCGCUAGUCCUCCUCUCCGCGGUCGAUCAUUACAACCGAACAGUCCAGAACAAGACCAAGAGGCGGGUUGUCGGUGUUCUUCUGGGCCAGAACGAUGGAAAGAACGUGAGAGUGUCAAACAGUUUUGCAGUCCCUUUCGAGGAAGAUGAAAAGGACCCUUCAGUGUGGUUUUUGGACCACAACUACGUCGAGUCGAUGAAUGACAUGUUCAAGAAAGUGAAUGCGCGCGAGAAGCUGGUCGGUUGGUACCACACUGGACCCAAGCUUCGUGCUUCUGAUCUUGAGAUCAACGAGCUCUUCAAACGAUAUACACCCAACCCCCUACUAGUCAUCAUUGAUGUUCAGCCCAAGGAAUCCGGCGUCCCUACUGACGCGUAUUUUGCGGUCGAGGAAAUCAAGGAUGAUGGCACCACCACUUCUCGAACAUUUGUCCACACACCUUCGAUUAUCGAGGCCGAAGAGGCUGAGGAGAUUGGUGUCGAGCACCUACUAAGAGAUAUCCGCGACGUUGCCGUGGGCACCCUGUCCACUCGCGUGACCAACCAGCUCCAGUCUCUUCAAGGACUGCACCUCCGGUUACGAGACAUCGGAGCCUACCUCCAAAAAGUCCUCGACGGCCAACUCCCGGUCAACCAUGCGAUCCUCGGGAACCUUCAGGACGUCUUCAACCUGCUCCCCAACCUAUCCACACCCGAUGACGAUAGCAAAUUGGGCAGCCACGAACUAUCACAUGCAAUGAGCAUCAAGACCAACGACCAGCUGAUGGCCAUCUAUCUGAGCAGUCUGAUACGUGCCAUUACGGCAUUCCACGACCUAAUAGAAAACAAGAUCCAAAACCGACAGCAACAAGACGAGAAGGAGACUAAGAAGGAGGAGUCUAAUACCAAAGAUGAGAAGAAGGAUGGCGCCACCGCAGCCGCGAACGGAGAGGCCAAGGAAGGCGGUGAGAAAGAAAAGCCCAAGAAGAAAUAA